UACAUCACCCGCCCCAGUCCGCAUUCGGUACUGCUUUUUAAACUCUCCCCGCCCGUCUGCACGUCGUCGUCGACCGCAUGAUCCACUCACCUGAUCGCACAUUGCCGUCACUCUACCACCUCUUCACUACAACGUCUGCUUGCCCUUCCGGUUAGGGAGCGCCCAAACCCUAACCGUGUGAGGGCAGGAGGGGCCGGCCACUGAAGAGAUGUACGCUCGCCUUGCCUUCCUAGGCCUCGCUGCCUACACCUCGACACUCGCCAACUGCGCUCUCCUCGGCAGCCAUGGCGCCAAGUCGCUGCAAGAGCCACUCCUCGCCCAAGCUCACCCCCACCGCUCCGUCUCACCCGCCCUCUUCGCCGAGCUGGAGGAGCUGGCGCGCAUCGUCGACAUCUCGUAUUGCGUGGGAGGCUCGUUGAACGGCAUCCAGAAGCCCUUCAAAUGCCUCUCGCGAUGCGCCGAGUUCCCCCACUUCGAACUCGUCGACGCUUGGGAGACGGGACGCUUGCUCAGCGACAGCUGUGGCUACAUCGCUCUCGACCAUGACAAGCGACGCCUGAUCGUCGCCUUCCGAGGCACGUACAGCAUUGCCAACACCGUGGUGGAUCUAAGCACUAUUCCACAAGAAUAUGAACCCUAUCCCGGAUCUGGCGAUGGCGACGAUCAGCAGUCCGAGCGGGACGUACCGCAGCGCAAAUGUGAUAACUGUACCGUGCAUAUGGGCUUCAACUCCGCCUGGAGCCACACUCGCGACCGCAUCAUGCCCAUUCUCCGCACAGAGUCCAGCCUAUAUCCCGACUACCAACUCCACCUUGUCGGCCACAGCCUCGGCGGAGCGGUCGCCGCCCUAGCUGGGCUCGAUCUGCUCGCACGAGGCCAUGACCCGGUCAUUACAACCUUUGGUGAACCACGUACCGGCAACGCUGCCCUGGCCAAAUUUCUGGACCAGCAGUUCGGGCUUCAUGACGACCAUGACGCCAACGACUUGAUGAGAAAAUACCGUCGUGUCACACAUGUCGACGACCCCGUCCCUCUCCUUCCCCUGAGCGAAUGGGGCUAUGCCAUGCACGCCGGGGAAAUCUUCAUCACCAAAUCCGCUCUGUCGCCGGAUAUCGGCGACCUCGAGCUUUGCGACGGAGACAAUGAUCAGAGGUGUAUCGCUGGACAGGACUCCACCACCGCCGGUGAUGCACACGGCGCUCGCGAUCGGAAGCGCGAUCUGAUGGCCUCGGUGGAGGAUGAGCUGCACGACGUUCGGCAUGAGCCAUGGGGUAUUCCCUCGCGGUACAAGCUAUGGCAGCUGUUCUUUGCCCACAGGGACUACUUCUGGCGGCUUGGGCUGUGUGUACCACACGGCGGACUGUGGGAUGGCGGAAAGCAGUUUGAAGCUUCCGAGUAAUGCUUUGUUCUCACAGCGCUCAUUUGGACGAGUAGAGAUGCUUCAAAGCAGCGCGGCGUUUUGGGUCGGAGUUGAUUUGCUGUCUGUUAUCAAGGCUUGAUUUCUAUGUUUGAUAUCCUCCAGGUUCAUAUUCCAAAGAUCAACUAGUUAUUAAUUCGAUCCUUAUAUUCAACAUCGCAUCGUCUCGAG